GUGCCUUCAGCUGUAAUGUUGUUUGACCGAGUCUUUGGGUCUCUAUGACCACAAAGACGAUGUGUCUUCAGCCUUCACUACGUUCAGUGACUUUUCACAAUAUCUUCCAGGUGGUUUGAAAGAUGAAUAAAAAUCUAAAAGAGUGUAAAAAAAAAGUGAAAAUCUCGGACAAGAAGAUGCAUUCAUGAAUGAGGGAUGAAUUCUGGAAAAGAGAAGAAGAAAGCGCUAAGUGAUCAGCAGGAUCUUAUGAGCAACACUCUGGGGUCUGCAGAUAAGAAGUUGAGGCACGUUGGUGUUAGGAAAUCACACAACUCCAACCUGGAAGAAUAUAACAAAGUAUCUCCUGGUCCUUCUCACUCUGUUCUGCGUUGCUCUUCCUCUUCUCUUCUACGAUCCAAAGAUCUCAGAGUGACUUUUGAACAGGAAAAUUCAAACAGCUUUCCAAGGACAAAAAGCAAACAAAAAGCAUCCCCUUUAUUAUGGAGAACUGAGCAGCAGUCAGUAUUCACUCCUACAUGGAGCACACCAGAGAUCAGAUCUUUAUAUUUGGAAUCUGAGCCUACAGAAGGAACUAAUAAACCAUGGGACAUGAAUUUUAGGGAUGUUGUUUUGUCACAGACUGAAAUGAAUCACCCUUUGGCUGAAGCCGACACAGAGCUGGAAUCACGUACUGACAGACUGCUCCGCCUUACCAGGGACUUAUAUGAAGUGACACAUCUACCUGAUGUUGCCGUACAGUUUUUUGAGAUGAGACAAGAGGAACGAUCACCAAAACAUAAACUCUGCAUCAAUUCCUUAUUACAGCCAGACAAACAGAAAACCCAGCAGACUCCUAAGCAACAGCUGAAGAAACAGGUGAUCUUUCCAGAAAGCCAUAGAAGCUCUGUGCCUGGUCCAGUUGUCCAACCCUAUGGCCCUGAUGUGUGUGCUGUAUUGCGGAGUCUACUGGAUUUGGUGGAUGAGCACUGGAGUGGACAAUUCUCCCUGCACCUCAAUCUCAGCUUUAUGGCAAAAGCCAUCCUCCUUCUGUUACCUCUGACCAACCCUGUUCCAUCAUCCCAACCUGAGGACAAGAAAGUAGGAGAAAUUAACAAACAGAAAGGGACCAGACAAUGGUAUGAUGUGGAAAAAUCAAAGCCGGUAAAGAGCAGAGUGGGGAAUGAGCAGUGUGGAAAUGAGGAGUGGGAAAGCUUUGGAGAACAACCAACAGCACUUGAUGUCUCUGAAGUUAUACAACUAAAGAGACAACCUCCCAAAAUGCAAUGUGAACAGGAAACCUUGAAGACGAGACUGAUCAUGGCUUUAAAAGAGAACUUCAUUUUGCGAGAAGAGAAAAUGAAGAUGAUUGCAAGUCUGGAAAGUGACACCACACUUUUGGACUUGGGGGUACAUCUGGAUAGAGAAACACAAGUUCUUCAACAGCAACACAAACUCUUAAAGCAGUUAGAACGAACACUGCAUCUUCUACAGGACAAUCACAGAUCCUUGCUAUCACAACAUGACUGGCUACAGAAUUUGAUAAAAAAAGAACCAGCAAAUCCAGUAAACCAAUAUAAAUUUAAUGAAUAAUAAAAUAUUAAUAAAAAAAAGUUUAUUUAAAUGUAUUAACUGUUAUCUGACCAGAGAAGUUCGGAUAAGCGGUAGAAAAUUAAUGAAUAAAUGAACUGUUAUCUAUUCCCCCUGUUUGCAUAAAUAUAUGCAAACAGACAUAAAAAUAUAAAUAUAUGUAAACAGACAUAAAAUGUGAGAUGAUUAACUUAGGUCAUCCAUCCACACGAACAAACCAUAUUUAGCCCAAUGAAGGGUUUGUGUAAGAUGAUCGAUCAUAAUAAUGUGACUAUUUCUAUAUAUGUGAAUUUCCUGCAUAAAUUAUAGAUACCGUGACCAAAGUUUUAUCACAUACUACAGUACACUUUCAAAUGGUAAAAUACUUAACAUUAGACCAGCAGAUAGAGCUACUGAUCAAUUAAACCCUACUUGGCUAUAGACAUGAGUCUAGUAAUCUAAUUCUAAUAAACAGAAUUCCUGAGAAACUGUGAAAUAAUACUUUAAGAAUGCUUUAGGUCUCUACAGAUGUUUAUAAAGUGGCUGAGAAAACUGCUUUCUGGCACCUACUUUAUGUUUAGAGACCUGAAGUCUCACUAAUCAAAGCAUGUACAGAACAAGGAGUAAAGUUAAGUGUAAGAGCUGAUAGUACAUACAAAAAAAGUAUCAUGCAACUGUCAGCAAAGUGUCCCAAAAUCACAGCAUAUGGGAAAAAUCUUCCCUUUAAAAAAGCAAGCAUGGCACUUGUGCCUGCUGUAUCUUCAGUUAAACAACAUUUUAAAAGUAUUGCUGUUUUCCAAAAGUUUUUUAACCAGGGAGGAGGAUGUCUUCCACAUCUAUCCACCCUGAAGCUAUUGGAAUCUGUUUUCUCAUCAGCUAAUCGUUCAAAUAUGUUUAUUGCUGUUGGUUAAAACUAAAAGGCUGCAAAGUGAUUUAUUUUUAUAUUGAAUGGAAGCAGGUGAUUUUAUAAAGUCGCUCAAUCGGUCAAAGACACAGCGCCAUCUGCUGGUUUUCUGGUAAUUUCACUGAUCAGCCUACAGUUAAAAAUAUCCAGUAAAAUCAUACUUAACAAGCUUAACAUAUCACGUGAAAUGGCUAAAAUACAUUAAUGCACUUUAUAUGUAUUUGGCUAAAUGGCAAAGUCACACACUAAGGUUUUAAAAUGUAAAACUGUAUUUUGACUGCUGUGAACCGUGAAGAUAUUUGUACAAAUAGAUCCCUCUUGUGGACAAAGUGGGUAUAUGCAAAUAUUACAUUUUCAAUUCAUUUUUACUCAUUGUUUUCAAUAAGCGCUUUAUCAUGACCUGGGUCUCUCUCUCUCUCUCUCUCUCUCUCUCUCUCUCUCUCUCUCUCUCUCUCUCUCUCUCUCUCUCUCUCUCACACACACACACACACACACGCGCGCGCGCGCGCGCGGUUUUAAAAUGUAAAAUUGUAUUUUGACUGCUGUGCACCGUGAAGUUCUUUGUACAAAUGGCUCCCUCUUGUGGACAAAGUGGAAAUAUGCAAAUAUUAUAUUUUUAAUUAAUUUUUACUCAUUGCUUUCAGUAAGCGCUAUAUCAUGACCUGGAUCACACACACACACACACACACACACACACACACACACACACACACACACACACACACACACACACACCGGUUUUGAAAUGUAAAACCGUAUUUUGACUGCUUUGAACCGUGAAGUUCUUUGUACAAAUGUAUGGUUCCCUCUUGUG